GUGAAGACACCUCACAUUUUAAGGAGCAUUUCCGAUCAAUACACACUCAUCGGAGAAGCUCUGGGAAGAAGGACAUUUGUAUUCUCGGCACCUGUGGGGUGAAGAGUGGGGACAAAGCGGAUUGCCACACAGAGAGCUUUCCUACUUCCUUUUUCAUUUUUCUAUAAAAUCCCUGCUCAGCCACAGUGCCAGAGCCGGACCUCACUGUCCAUGGGGAUAGACUCUGCUCUAGGACCUGAGCUGCCCCUGAGCUGCCCCUUACUGUCGUGGGGGUAACGCGCCACCUCCAGUCUCAUGCUGCUGUGGUCACUGCUUCUGGUCCUCGGUGCGGUGGAUGCCCAGUCUGACUGGCUGAGCAUUGACAUGCCGCGCCACGUGUAUGAAGGAGACGAGGUGGUUGUGAGGUGCUCCGGGGACAGCAAUGACAUGAUAGGGAAAGUGAUGUACUACAAGGAUGGAUCUCUGCUGGCCACUUACCACGGGAUCUCGAGCCACACCAUCUCAAAUGCAAGACCCAGUGACAGCGGGUCCUACUCCUGUGAGGUCCACGAGCUGUUCUACAGAUUUAGGACAGAAAAAACGAGAUCUGUAUGGCUCACUGUCCAAGAGCUGUUUCCAGCACCCACGCUAACCGUUGGGCCCUUGCAGCCCACCGAGGGGAGCUCAGUGACCCUGUCCUGUGACACCCGGCUCCCCUGGGACAGGUCAGGGACGCAGCUCCACUACUCCUUCUUCAGGGAUAACCACACCCUGAGAUCGGACGGGAGCUCAUCAGAGUUUCAGAUCUCGGCCAUACAGAAGGAGGACUCGGGAUACUACUGGUGUGAGGUGGCGACGGCCUCCCACAGCGUCUCGAAGCAGAGUCAUCGGUCCCACGUGCUCGUGCAGAGUGUCCCAGUGUCUGGAGCCCUCUUGGAGACCCAGCCCCAGGGGGGCCGGCUGCUGGCAGGGGAGCGUCUGGUCCUCGUCUGCUCCGUGGCUGAAGGCACAGGGGACACCACGUUCUCCUGGCACAGAGAGGACACGGGGGAGCGUCUGGGCAGCAAGCGUCAGCGCUCCCGGAAAGCAGAGCUGGAGAUCCUUGCUGUCGGGGGGAGCCACGCGGGCCGCUACUACUGCACGGCGGACAACGGCCACGGCCUGGCCCGCAGCGCGGCCCUGAACGUCACUGUGACAGUUCCAGUGUCCCGCCCCGUCCUCACCCUCAGGGUGCCUGGAACCCGGGCCGUGGUGGGGGACGUGAUGGAGCUUUGCUGUGAGGCCCAGAGUGGCUCUCCCCCGAUCCUGUACCGGUUUUAUCACGAGGAUGUCACCCUGGGGAACAUCUCGGCCCCCUCUGGAGGAGGAGCGUCCUUCAACCUGUCUCUGACCGCAGAACAUUCUGGAAACUACUCCUGCGAGGCCGACAAUGGCCUGGGGCCCCAGCGCAGCGAGGCGGUGCCACUCAGUGUCACAGAGCCCCCACCCAAAAUCCGCUUGACAAACGGUCCUCACCGCUGCGAAGGGCGGGUGGAGGUGGAACAGGAUGGCCGCUGGGGCACCGUGUGUGAUGACGGCUGGGACAUGAAGGACGUGGCCGUGGUGUGCCAGGAGCUGGGCUGCGGAGCGGCCAAGCACACCCCUGCUGGCAUGCUGUACCCACCGUUGGCGGAGGAGGACCAGUCCGUGUUUAUUCAAGUGGCCCUGUGCGAGGGCACCGAAGAUGCUCUGGCUGAAUGUGAGCAGGUUGAGGCCUUUGACUGUGAUCACAGUGAGGAUGCAGGUGCGGUGUGUGAAGGUGAGGGCAGGGCCCAGGGUGCAGACUGGGCACCCAGCUCUGAGAACCGUCCCUCCACUCUCCACAGCCACCUCCAGGCCACCCCACUGUUCGCCACGGGAGAGUGGUCAGGACAGCCCCAGAGUUCACGUGAGGUUAUGCAGGGUCGGAAAGGACUCCGUGCGUGCUGGUAUUAGCCCGUAUCUGGCACCUGGAAAGGCAGAGCACUGAUGUUUUCAUGGCUGCAAGUUGGGGCGUAAUACUAGGGAAAUGAUUAUGAGGUCUCAGAGUUCCAGGAUUUGAGUGAUUCUGAUCCGGGCCACCCAGCUUGUAUGGCUCUGCCAUCCUCUCAGCUUCCCAGAGGCCUCCCCCGAAACACUCUGCUCGUCAGCAUCAGUCCCAGAAUUGGAGGCAUGCUGGCUGGGGAAGACCCGCAUGCUGUUUCCAACCCGGGAUUCCAACGGGACACAGGCCCAGGGAGGUGGGAGGGGAGUCGGAAAGGCUCUGGGUCCAUCAAGGAAACCAGGCCACAAACUGUCAAGGACAGAGAUCCCUGAGGUGGAGUUAAAGUCAAGAAAGCCGGCACAGAUUGCAAAGCCUGCACAGAGCUUGUGUCCAGGUGAGGCCAGUGGGACCGCUCGCCCAGCCCCAGCCCCCCACUCUGGUGGAGCACCCCAAUCUCUCAGGCUGGGACUUGGGGAGCAGCGUUGGGGGGUCCUAUGGAGAGAUGGCUUCAGAACCACUGGACCGACGCCCAGCAUCAGGAGCAUGUGAAGGCCUGUGGCUCAUUCAGGGACAUGGCAUCAGCAUUGGACACAGGGAGGGAUCCAGGAUUUUGGGUCCACUGCGUGGGGCUUCAGGUCUGUCUCCCCCACUCACCAGCCAUACAAGUAGCAAACUUCUCUGAUGCUCAUGAUUUCUGUCCGAGAAGUGGGACAAUACUUGGUCCAGCGUCCUCACAGAACUGGGACCCAUCACACACUCACCACUCAUGAAGACCUUCCGUCUGGAAGGAGUCCUGGGCGUACUCAGACUGCAGAUCUGGGACGGUCUCCCCUGGAGGGUGGGUCUGGGGCUCGGGCUGGCCUUCUUCCUUACUCUGGGACUCACUUCUUGGUUGAGACCUUUGAUUUGUCUGGACAAUCCCUUCCUGGACCAUCCCCUCCUUACCACCUUUUUACUUUUCUCUGCAGCGUUCUUGCCUCAUUUUUCUUGAAGACUGGCAGUUUCUCCCUUUGGGCCUCUCAGGCCUGGGUGGCCCCCAGUCCUGGAGGGACCUGAGCCCCUCACCUGUGGCUCUCAAGGCCCCUCAGCAGGACUGCAAGGUGCCUCCUACACCAGGGCCUCCACCCCGCCUGCAUCUGGGGCCACACCAGCUCCCUGAGGAGCCAGACUCGGUGACACCCUGGCCCAGUCCCCAGACUUUCCAGUGUCUUCCCAAGGAUCUUUGGGGAUCCCAGUGCUGUCUCCUUGAGAGACGUGGCCACUCCCAAGGACACAACAAACAAGGAAUGAACGGAGAUGGGCCCUUCAUCUGCUAGAAAUGUGGGCAUUUCAUUUCCAUUCCUUUUUUAAAAAAAAGAUUUAUUUAUUUUAGAGAAAGAGAGAGAAAGUGGGGGGGGAGGGACGGGGGCAGAGAGAGAGAAUCUCAAGCAGACUCCAUGCUGACCAAGGAGCCCAAUGGGGGGCUCGAUCUCAUGACCCUGAGAUCAUGAGCUGGGCUGAAAUCAAGAUUUAGACAUAACCAACUGAGCCACCCAGGGGACCCGUCAUUUCCAUUCAAAGUGUCCUGGAAAGAAACCAGCUUUAAAAAGUUUCUUUUAGGGGCGCCUGGGUGGCUCAGUCAUUAAGCAUCUGCCUUCGGCUCAGGGCGUGAUCCCAGGGCCUUGGGAUCGAGCCCUGCAUCGGGCUCCCUGCUCAGUGGGGAG